CUGGAUGAACACGUUUUUUAAAAGGCGUAUUCUGCCACAACUAACACCGUCUGCAGAGAGCGAUUUAUUUUCCAGGUUCAGGUAGUGAAGCUGCUGCCUGAGACACAGGAAAUGGAGGAGCAGAUCCGGCGGCUGCUGGAGACGCCGUACGACAACGGCUCCAUCUCCAUAGAGACUGAGGACAUCGAGAUUUGCCGCAUACUGAUGUUCAAGUGCAGCGCAGAAACCCAGCAGACCCUGAAAGGCCUGUUCAGGUGGCCGGACGCUUCCGGAGGAACAAACGCUACUCACAAAUGCCCGAAAAAUCCUCACCGCACAGCCACUCGACACUGUAAACUGAGCCUGUUGACCCACUGGAUGGAUCCGUACCUGGAAGACUGCCAUCCAGUGGUGGAAACCAUCCUGGACCUGGACCACGUCCACGUCACUCCUGAUAAUGCGCUGCAUGUGGUGAAGAUGAUUGAGGAUUUGAUAGGAAAUCACUCCUCACUCAACUACGAGGAGCUGGAGACAGUUCUGGACAAGCUCAAGGACAUCAUUAAUGCCAGCGUGGUCACGCCAGGCCUGGGUCAAGUUCUAAUCAACAUUAUUUCUGAUAUACUGGAGUCUGACAGCAACCUGGGGCCUUUCACAAACACCAUCCUAAACCUCACGGAGGCCGUGGGAGACACCAUGGUGGGAUACGAGGGCUCCUACACCCUGGUGGCUCCUGCUAUAGCCAUCUCAGUGGUGGAUGUCGUUCCCGGGCAGUUUGGAGGCUUAAGCUUUGGAGUCUCCUCUGAUCGGAACGGCACAAAACCUGAGAUUUUUAUCAACAGGUAUCCGUUCAACGGCACCGUGGCCUUCAUUUCCCUCCCACCCGACCUGGAGCAAAGCUUCCCACAACAAGACCCCGACCAGAACCCACCCAGGGUCCAGUUCCAGUUCUACAGCAUCCCGCUGCUCUUCAACAGCAGCCAAGAGGGGCAGAGCCUCAACACGUUUGUGGUGUCGGCCAGCGUGACCAACGCCAGCUCACCAAUCACAGACCUAGCUGAGGACGUCAAAGUCACACUCCAUCAUCUUAUACCUGUACCCAACUCACUUCAGAAGGCUGUGCAGUGUGUGUACUGGAACUUCAAUAAAAACAACGGACACGGAGGGUGGGACGACCGCGGCUGCCGGGAAGACAACAGCAGCUCUGAGAAAACCACCUGCCUGUGUGAUCAUCUCACACACUUUGGAGUUCUUCUGGACGUCUCAGGGUCUGAGUUGGACCCGGUUAAUGAGCAGAUCCUGACCAUCAUCACCUACGCUGGCUGUGGAGUGUCAUCGCUGUUCCUGGGAAUCACCGUUCUCACUUACACAGCUUUUGAACAGCUCCGGAGAGACUACCCCUCCCAGAUCCUCAUCAACCUCUCCCUGGCCCUGCUGGGCUUGAACCUGGUGUUCCUGCUCAACUCCUGGCUGUCGUCGUGGGGGCUGUACGGCCUGUGCGUGGCCGUGGCCUCCACGCUGCACUACUUCCUCCUGGCAUCCUUCACCUGGAUGGGAUUAGAGGCGGUCAACAUGUACUUUGCCCUCGUUAAAGUGUUCAAUGUCUACAUUCCCUCCUAUAUUCUCAAGUUCUGUGCUCUGGGAUGGGGGAUUCCUUUGGUGAUCUGCAUCCUUGUGCAAAUUGUAAACCGAGAGGCUUAUGGCAACAUUUAUAGAGAUGCCAAGGCCACUUUAGAGCCACUGGACAACUCCGACAGCUUCUGCUGGAUCCAGGACGACGUUACGUUUUAUGCGUCUGUGGUUUCCUACGCUGCAAUGGUCCUUCUCCUCAACACUGGGGUGUUUGUGGUGGUUCUGAUUCAGAUUCGCCAGAUGCAGGUGAACAGUCCUGCAGGGACCCGGAGGGGGCUCAUGCAUGACCUGAAGGCCGUGGCCAGUCUCACCUUGUUACUGGGACUAACGUGGACCAUGGGCUUCCUGACCUGGGGACCAGGACGGAUCGUUCUGCUCUACCUGUUCGCUGGGUUUAACACCUUGCAAGGUCUGUUUAUCUUCCUCUUCCACUGUCUGAUGAAGGAGAACGUGAGGAAACAGUGGAGGAUUCACCUGUGUUUUGGAAGUUUCCGGAUUGAAGAGCAUUCUGAGUGGAGCAACUCAGCAUCAGUGGGAGUUACGACCAAACCCAGAGACAAUCCUGCAAGUGCAUCGGUGCUGUCCAUGCGCUCCGUGAACUCCAGCUCCACCGAGAGCACGUCGGCUUCUUCUGACUCCAGUCAGAGAGACUCGUCCUGCCGGAGACCAGACCUGGGUCUUUUUGUGAACAGCUUGGCUAUUCCUGGAGACCAGAGAGGCCCCACCGAUGCAGGAGCUUCCUACAGGGGGAUAAAUACAGCGCCCGGCUGGAGAAAUCACUUGCUAGAUGAGCAGACACAAUGAUAAACCAACACAAUACUGCAAGUGCAUGCGCAUCCGUGCAUUACAAAGAUCUUGAAAAUCCUAGCAGCUACCUAAUCAUAGCAUCUUUUGCUACAGCACACUGAGAUAUGUAAUCAACGUUGAGUAGAGCCAUAUAUAUCUGCAAGGCACAAGCUUCAUUAGAUGUUGUUUCAUGCAGUUCUAUUGUUGAUUUUCUUCUUGCUAAAUAUUGUAAAAGAGCCUGUAAUUAUAAAGACAUGAGCGGUUGCCUCGGUUCCAAGGAGGAGUGGUUGCCAAGCAACUGGUGAGUGGAGCUAUGGUGACAAUGAACUGUGGUACAAGACAGUUUGUGAGAGGAAAAUAAAUAAAUAAAAAUCACAUAUUUAAGAUGGCAAAAGCAUCAGUGCGUGUUUAGUCUGCAAAAGUACGGUAUUGUUUGACCAAACAUUCUGUAAUUUAGAGUACAAGUUCCACUUUGUAAAAUCAGACAACAUUAGCAUGAUCAGCAGCGGAUGAUGCAGAAUGAUUUAGUCUCUGCUGCUUUAGUGAUUGCACAUGUGUGAAGAGUUGUGAAA